CGCAGGCGGAGGGGCGGGGGCAGUCCAGUGAGAGACUCUCCGACAGGCACGGAGGGUGAUUGGGAGGAAAGGGGGCAGCGAGGGGCUUGUCAUGGGGAUCCGUGCUACGAGACGGCAUUGGUAGCAUCGGGGGACUCCGAGGGGGACGGGAAGUGUCAACGCCCGGGACCCCGGCGCCAGAUCCGCCGGGGGAUCCCCGCUGCUCUAGUCCUGGGGAGGGAGGGGAAAAAGGAGGGAGCCCUGAUCUCGCCCCGCCCCUGGGCUUGUUACCGCGGGGGCGGGGAGUGAGGGCUUCUUUUGGGGGGAGUGGAGAUCGGGGGACUCGGCUGUGCCCUCUUGAGCGGCUGCCGGUGUCCCCGCGGCGCCGGGCUGCCCAGCAGAGGAGCCGCGGCCGCUGUGGCUGUUGCAUGUGUGGCUGCUGGAUGCGGAGGCGGCGGCGGCGGCGGCGGCGAGGAGCAGCAGCGGCGGCAGGAUGUUAGGGCAGCAGCAGCAGCAACUAUACUCGUCGGCCGCGCUCCUGACCGGGGAGCGGAGCCGGCUCCUCACCUGCUACGUGCAGGACUACCUCGAGUGUGUGGAGUCGCUGCCCCACGACAUGCAGAGGAACGUGUCUGUGCUUCGAGAGCUGGACAACAAAUAUCAAGAAACAUUAAAGGAAAUUGAUGAUGUCUAUGAAAAAUAUAAGAAAGAAGAUGAUUCAAACCAGAAAAAACGCCUACAGCAACAUCUCCAGAGAGCAUUAAUCAACAGUCAAGAGUUGGGAGAUGAAAAAAUUCAGAUUGUCACACAGAUGCUCGAAUUGGUGGAAAAUCGGGCAAGGCAAAUGGAGUUGCAUUCACAGUGUUUUCAAGAUCCUGCUGAAGGUGAACGGGCCUCGGAUAAGGCAAAGAUGGAUUCCAGCCAACCGGAAAGAUCUUCAAGAAGACCCCGCAGACAGCGAACCAGUGAAAGCCGUGAUUUAUGUCACAUGACGAAUGGGAUUGAAGACUGUGAUGAUCAGCCACCUAAAGAAAAGAAAUCCAAGUCAGCCAAGAAAAAGAAACGCUCCAAGGCCAAGCAGGAAAGGGAAGCAUCGCCUGUUGAGUUUGCAAUCGAUCCCAAUGAACCUACAUACUGUUUAUGUAACCAAGUGUCUUAUGGGGAAAUGAUCGGAUGUGACAAUGAACAGUGUCCAAUUGAAUGGUUUCACUUUUCAUGUGUUUCGCUUACCUAUAAACCAAAGGGGAAGUGGUAUUGCCCAAAGUGCAGGGGAGAUAAUGAGAAAACAAUGGACAAAAGUACUGACAAGGCAAAAAAGGAUAGAAGAUCGAGGUAGUAAAUGCCAUCCACGUUUUAGAAGGUUAUUUGUCUUUUAUAUAAUUCUUUCAGAAUUUACUUUCGGAAAAUGUUUUAGGGUAAAUGCAUAAGACUAUGCAAUAAUUUUUAAUCAUUAGUAUUAAUGGUGUAUUAAAAGUUGUUGUACUUUG